GGAGCAUGCUGCAAGAUCGGGAGGACCAGUCCAUUCUCUGCACAGGCGAAUCUGGAGCUGGGAAAACAGAAAACACCAAGAAAGUCAUCCAGUACCUGGCCAUGGUGGCCUCCUCCCACAAGGGCAAGAAGGAUACAAGCAUCACGCAAGGCCCAUCUUUUGCCUACGGUGAGCUGGAGAAGCAGCUUCUACAAGCAAACCCCAUCCUGGAGGCUUUCGGCAAUGCGAAAACGGUCAAAAACGACAACUCCUCCCGAUUUGGCAAAUUCAUCCGCAUCAACUUCGAUGUCACGGGUUACAUCGUGGGAGCCAACAUUGAGACGUAUCUGCUGGAAAAGUCACGUGCGAUUCGCCAAGCCCGAGAUGAGAGGACCUUCCAUAUCUUUUACUAUCUGAUUGCUGGAGCCAAGGAGAAGAUGCGAAAUGACUUGCUCUUGGAAGGCUUCAACAACUACACGUUCCUCUCCAAUGGCUUUGUGCCCAUCCCGGCCGCCCAGGACGACGAGAUGUUCAACGAGACCGUGGAGGCCAUGGCCAUCAUGGGGUUCACUGAAGAGGAGCAGCUGUCCAUAUUGAGGGUGGUGUCAUCUGUCCUACAACUUGGAAAUAUUGUCUUCAAGAAGGAAAGGAACACAGACCAGGCUUCCAUGCCGGAUAACACAGCGGCUCAGAAAGUUUGCCACCUCAUGGGAAUUAAUGUGACAGAUUUCACCAGAUCCAUCUUGACCCCACGUAUCAAAGUCGGGCGGGAUGUGGUACAGAAGGCUCAAACAAAAGAACAGGCAGACUUCGCUGUAGAAGCUUUGGCCAAGGCCACUUAUGAGCGCCUUUUCCGCUGGAUACUUACACGUGUGAACAAAGCUCUGGACAAGACCCACCGGCAAGGGGCUUCGUUCCUGGGGAUCCUGGACAUCGCUGGAUUUGAGAUCUUUGAGGUGAACUCGUUCGAGCAGCUGUGUAUCAACUACACCAACGAGAAGCUGCAGCAGCUCUUCAACCACACCAUGUUCAUCCUGGAGCAGGAGGAGUACCAGCGCGAGGGCAUCGAGUGGAACUUCAUCGACUUCGGGCUGGACCUGCAGCCCUGCAUUGAGCUCAUCGAGCGGCCGAACAACCCUCCGGGUGUGUUGGCCCUGCUGGACGAGGAGUGUUGGUUCCCCAAAGCCACAGACAAGUCCUUUGUGGAGAAGCUGUGUUCGGAGCAGGGCAGCCACCCCAAGUUCCAGAAGCCCAAGCAGCUCAAGGACAAAACUGAAUUCUCUAUCAUCCACUACGCCGGAAAGGUGGACUACAAUGCCAGCGCCUGGCUGACCAAGAACAUGGACCCGUUGAAUGACAAUGUGACUUCCCUCCUCAACGCCUCUUCGGACAAGUUUGUGGCCGACCUGUGGAAGGAUGUGGACCGCAUCGUGGGGCUGGACCAGAUGGCCAAGAUGACGGAGAGCUCGCUGCCCAGCGCCUCCAAGACCAAGAAGGGCAUGUUCCGCACGGUGGGGCAGCUAUACAAGGAGCAGCUGGGGAAGCUGAUGACCACGCUGCGCAACACCACGCCCAACUUUGUGCGCUGCAUCAUCCCCAACCACGAGAAGAGGGUGAGGCCGCCGCCCGGCUCCUCGGGACGCCCUCAGGGUCCGCAGGGAAAGGGGAGGCAGGCCGGGCUGUGGGGGCAGGAGGAAAGCCAGGCCACCCCCCCACCCAGAGGGCUUCAUCUGACACGGGUGGGAGGCACUCCUUUCUCAUCUGAGAGGCAGAAGAAG